UAGAGAUAAAACAUUAUAUAUUUUCCAACACACCAUGCUUUUCCCAUUUUCCGCUCAAGGAGCAGUUCAAAGCAAGUCCAAGGAUUAUCCUGGAACGCGUUGCGGAUUCAACUUCAUCAAUUGCAGACGAAAUGCUGACCUAGUGGCCAAGGGAUUUGAGCCACCGAAGGCGAUUCGCACGGGCACUUCCAUCGUGGGCAUUAUCUAUAAGGACGGCGUUAUCCUCGGCGCAGAUACUCGAGCCACUGAAGGACCCAUUGUAUCCGACAAGAACUGCUCUAAAAUUCAUCAUCUUCAGGAUCACAUUUAUUGCUGCGGAGCUGGAACCGCUGCCGACACAGAGAUGAUGACCCUGAUGACCUCCUCCGAGUUGGAUCUCCACCAGCUAAACACCGGCAGACAAGUGCCGGUGGUCUGUGCCAGCAUGCUGCUCCGCCGGACCUUGUUCCGUUACCAGGGUCACAUUGGAGCUGCUCUGGUGAUGGGCGGUGUGGACAGGACUGGUCCCCAGAUCUACUGUAUCUAUCCGUGUGGUUCGAAUGACAAGAUACCCUAUGCGGCAAUGGGUUCUGGUACUUUAGCAGCGAUGUCUGUACUGGAACACGGCUGGAGAUCCGAUUUGGAUCGGGAGCAGGGUAAGCAAUUGGUCCGCGAGGCCAUUUCGGCGGGCGUGUUCAAUGACUUGGGCUCCGGAUCGAAUAUCGAUCUCUGUGUGAUCACCAAAAAGGGGGCGGAGUACCUGAGAACGGAUACGAUUGCCAGCGAGAAGGGUGAACGGUUGGGCAAAUACGGUAUUAAACCCAAUACCACAAUGGUGACUUCCACAUCAAUUUUAAGUCUCCUGGUGACCGAUGAGAGAUCCUACGCCGUAGACCCUUUUCCCACGCAGUCCCCGGUGGAUGAACAACAGCCUGGAAGUAGUGGCAUUCAGGAUGAUUCCCAGGAGACCAGGGAUAAGAGAGAGGAGAACCAACCAAGUGAAUCGCAGAAAAAAUCACCAUAGAGUUCAAACAUUCAUUUAAAUUUUAGCAAAUUAACUGUUAACAAGCCACAUAAAUGUAAAUCCAGUUGCAAAACGCA